AAUUUAACAUUUUAGAGAAUUUAUGUAUUCUCAAAAGUAAAAAUAAACAAACAAGAAUCGCUGUUUUCUUUUUCAAAACUGUUUGGUUUAGUAAUUGGUAGUUUUAUAAUGUCUGAAUCUGAAAGUUUAGAGUUCGCCAUGAAAAAGAUCGAGCUAGCAAGAUUAGAUGACUCUGAUCUUCAGCCAACUGUGCAGGCUUUAUCCGUUAAUUUCGAAAAAGAUUUGUGUUUUCUUCACAUGACUCAAGACAUUUUGAACCAUAUGAAGGAAGGGCAAGUCCUGACUAUUCGCGGGGAAUUGAAUGAUCAGGCUGUCAUUUGUACCAGUUCUGAAACAUACGAACUUAAAGAUGCAGAAACGUCAAAUUCCUUGAUGUUGGUUCCUGAAUUGAUUUGGCCGGAAGAAGACCAAGGAGGGCCAAUGAGGUUAGUACCUCAGAAAAUAACUGGUAUUUUCCAUGAUUAUUACGAGAUGCGGCGCGUGAAACCGAGUUUUAAAAAACUAAGAAAUAUUUUGGAUCAAAGCGCAUUUAAGGGAAAAGAGUAUGAAUCAGAAAUAGAUCAUGGUAAAUACACAUUUGGUGAUUUGUUGGAUAUUAUACAAUCCAGCGAAAAAGAACUCGAAAGCGCUCUAGAAGAAAUGCAAACCUGUGUUAUUGAUGGUUUCAUGCGUAUUUUAGAUUUUGAUUACAAAUUCAAUGUUGUCAGUUCGGUUAUAAAUGUCAUUGAAUCUAAUUCAAUACCCAUUGAUAAAAUUGACAAGGAAGUUGUUAUUUCUUCCUUAGAAGAUUUAGAGCCAAGAGUUAUUUUAGAAACUUUUUUCUUAUGGUUUGCCAACUCAUCAGAUGAAAAUGGGCAGACAUUGUUUGCUUUGAAGGAAGAUGCUAUUUGCAGACUCUAUGGGGAACUUUUAUUGCGUGUAGCCGGAAAGUUCCAUCUGGAGGAGUUUAUGGAGAGUUGGCAAAAAAGUGUGCCCGAAGGAUUAAAAUGUUCACUUGAACAUUUGAAAGGCCUAGCUCUUACCGAUUUAACCUGUUCGCCUACAGUUAUCUUUCAUUUUCCUUACCUUGAAAUGCCAGAAAACAUUGCUGAAAGAUUUAUUAAAUUGUUUAAAGUCAAAACAAAAUGGACUUAUGAAGAAAUAGUUCCAUAUCUAGAGGAUAGAGUUCAUUCUUUAAGUGAAGUUAAAGCUCUCCUUGUAAAGUAUACUAGAGAAUCAACUAAAGAUGGUAUUAAAUUGUAUUCUUCUAAAUGGUAAAAUGUGGUAAGUCUCUGCACAAGAAUGUGUCAUAUUUGUACUGACUUUAUACAAAGUUUAAAAUUUGAGGAUAUACAGAGAGUAUUAUAGAAGUGGGUUGGAUAAACUGAAAUGAAAAUUCAUUAUAAAAAUUAAACUGACUAAAGUUGAUUGUAAUCAGAUAUUUGUUUCCACUACUUGUGUGUUUUUCCG